AUGGCUUCCGUAACCAGUCUCGACCAAGAUAUGCGCAAGUUGCGCCUGGAUCGUUAUACACCUGGCGCUGCAAAGGAAGUAAGAAGCUGGAUUGAAGGCAUUUUGGGAGAAAAGCUACCUGAAGGCGAUUUGAUGGCUGCAUUGAAAGAUGGCGUCGCCCUUUGCAAGCUUGUGAAUAUGGCUGUCCCUCCAGGAGUAAAGUACAAGCAGUCCAAUAUGCCCUUUGUGCAGAUGGAGAACAUCGCCCAGUUCUUACGCGCGUGCGAAAUGCCACCGCUGAAUCUCCCUUCGCACGACCGCUUCCUCACGGUCGACCUGUACGACUCCAAAGAUCCCGCUCAAGUCCUGCAAUGCAUUGCAGCAUUUAGCCGCGCCGCAAAUGUAAUCAAUCCCUCCGUCUUUCCAACAACGUUAGGAGCAAAAAGCAAAGGAUCCACCAUGAGCCCUCAGGGGACCGGUUCCAGUGGGCCGAGGUCGCCAGCAUACACUACCACAUCCACCAGCAGACCCCGUGGGACAAGCAACACCGCCGCGGACAGUCCUGCUCUUGCAUUCAACGGCCUGAAUAGAGCAACCUACUCAGGCCGGAUCAGUCCAAGCAAAGGUAUUCUCGCGCGAGGAGGGCUUGCCACCGGGGGAGCCGUGAGCAGUUGGAGCAAUAGAAACGACGAGGGCAAAACUGCACCAGCUUGGAACAUACAUCAAUACGGAUAUAUGGGCGGCGCUAGCCAAGGGAAUCAAGGUGUCGCAUUUGGCGCGCGCAGACAGAUCACCUCCCCGUCACCGAAUGUGCCAAGUUUGGCAGAGAAGGAGAAGCGUCUGAAAGAGGAAGCUGAAAGAAAACGACGUGAGGCGGAGGAACGUGAGAGGCAACAGCAAGCUCAACAAGCUGCUGAAGAGGAGCAAGCACGGCUGGAAGAGGAGCGUAGAUGGGCCGAAGAGACGCGCCGGCUGAAGGCGCAGGAGGCGGAAGAACAGCGAGCUGCAGAACGUCAGCGCCUGCAGGAAGAGGAACACCUUCGGCAAGAAGAACAGCGCCGCCAGGAACGCGCUUACGACCGCGACCGAGAGCAGGAAGCGGCUGCACAAGCAGGACGAGAGUCUCAAACGGCAAGACAACACGGCCGCCAACGCACAGAAAGUGAUCCUCGCUUGAAUGGCCAGUUCCUCAGCCAGUAUCGGGCAGAACAGGCUCGCCCCGGUCUCAGUUCUCCCCCGGCCAAGCUGCUCGUGCAGCAACAGACCUCAGAAAGUAGACGGAUCGCGGAGCUCGAGCGUCAGUUGGAAGAAAUGAAAGCUCAACAUACACAGCCAUCUAGGACAUUGCCAGAGGCUGAGCUCCAAGCCGAGGCCCCAGCUCCUCCGCUUCCGAGCAGGCCACAAGCAGCUCAGAUGACCAAUGAAGACGAUUGGGGCUCGUCAGAGAGGGCUUAUCUGGAGCGGGAGUGGCAGAAAGCCCAGAGCAUUGAUGACCGUCCUCCUCCAAAGCCGCCACGCCCGGAUGCUUCUUCAAUUGGAGCCUCCUCCCGGCCUCUUCCUGAUCCCGCAGCCUACGCUUCUGGAACAAACCGCACCGAUCGAUACCUGGCCUCCAACCCAGCGCCAUCCCAACCCCAGGUGGCGUCUCAUCGCCCUCAAGACUACUCCACCACGACAGAGGUCGACAUGGAGCAACAGCGUCGCAUCCAGUCGCAAGCACGCACCAACGCUGGCGGGUGGGCCUCCAAGUCCCUUCUGGAACGCGAGAUGGAGCGCGAGCGAGAGCGGCAGCGAGAGUGGGAAGAGGAACAGAGAGAAAUAGCGGCGAUGGCCCGCGAUCAGAACGAAGGAAGCCGGCCUGGACAGUCGUGGGAUGUACAUCAAUAUGGCUAUAUGGGCGGGGACAGUCAGAAUAGAGGCGGACCUGGGUUGGGUGUGGGAGGAGCGAGGAGGCAAAUCAUCGGCCCAAGACCGCCUCCCUAG